UAUCUUGCUAACUGGCCCUUACUAUUCUCACCUAUUUUUUAAGUUCUUCCGUAACAGAAUUUCUGGUGAUAAUUCUUUGAUAAUUGAGCAGUGGCCAAAUUUGUUCCCUAAACGUGGUCAGUUAGCAAUUCACUAUUAUAUUUCGAAAAACAUAUUUGAGAAAAGAGUUCAAUGAUAUCUUACGGAAUUAAUUACUUUUUCAUCAAAUCCAGGAAUUGAAUCAACAUUUUUAAAAAUUUGAUUAAUCGACUCUUACAAACAUAAAUAGGUUAUAGCAGUUAUAUGUAUUAAAUCACAGUUUAUAGGUUUAAUUUGAGUUAUUUUGACCACGUGAAUAAUUAUUUUUAUACAUAAAUAAUUAAUUAUUUUGAAAGAAAUUUUUGAUAUUCUUAUUGUCUUGAAACAUAUUUCUUACUAGUAUAUAAUGUGAUUAAAAUAUUUUUGAUUUAUGUAAUGAAAAUUAAAUGUGAUAACUUUAUGUGUUAUUUAAUGUAUCAUUUGCAAUAAAUAUUUUUAAAAGGGACAUAAGCAUGUGUUUUAUAAAAAUUUUUAGAUUGCUUGUCCUGAAAGAUAUCUCAUAAUUAAUUCAACAUGAGUAAAAGAAAACUUGAAGAAGAGGACAAGACCAAGCAACACAAUGAAAAUUUUUCAGCAGAAAUAAAAAAUGUUAAACGGAUUUUAUCACGUUUGAAAUCAGAUAAGGGUGACAUAUUACCAGGAGGUUUACUAGAUUUACCCAUAAAUAUUACUGUUGAUAAAUUACAAGAAAUUUGUAAUGCACUUCUACAAACUGAAGAAUCAAUACCUUUUGCUUUUUAUGUAAAUAAUAUUGAGAUCACAGAUAGUUUAGAAAAUAGUAUCAAAGAAAAUUUUAGUAUUAGUGAGGAUGUAAUUGAUAUUAUAUAUCAGCCACAAGCAAUUUUUAAAGUUAGAGCAGUUACACGGUGUACUGGAUCGUUGGAAGGUCAUAAAGAGGCUGUAAUAUCAGUCGCUUUCUCACCAGCUGGAACAUGUUUAGCUAGUGGUUCUGGAGAUACAACAGUAAGAUUUUGGGAUAUAUAUACGCAAACUCCACAAUAUACAUGUGAAGGUCAUAAACAUUGGGUAUUAUGUAUAUCAUGGUCUCCAUGUGGAACUAAGCUCGCAUCUGCAUGUAAAAAUGGUACAAUUUUAUUAUGGAAUCCAAAAACAGGGACACAGAUAGGAAAAGCAAUGUUAGGACACAAAAUGUGGGUCACCUCUUUAUGUUGGGAACCAUAUCAUAAAAAUCCUGAAUGCCAGUAUUUAGUUAGUGGUUCAAAAGAUUGUGACCUGAGGAUAUGGGACACAGUACGCUCACAAACUAUUCGUACUCUGUCUGGUCACACAAAAAGUGUGACAUGUGUUAAGUGGGGUGGUAGUGGCCUUAUUUAUUCUGGUUCACAAGAUAGGACUAUCAAAGUAUGGCGAGCUAAAGAUGGCAUCUUGUGUAGAACUUUAGAAGGUCAUGCACACUGGGUGAACACUUUGGCAUUGAAUGUGGAUUAUGUACUUAGAACUGGUUCUUUUCAUCUUGGGAAAGAUCAAGAAACAAAUGAAGAUCGCGUAGAAUAUGCAAAGAAGCGUUACGAAUCUGUAGGGGAAGAACUACUUGUUUCUGGUUCUGAUGAUUUUACAUUAUUUCUAUGGAGACCAGAAAAGGAAAAAAAAUUUAUUGAUGGUCGCAUAAUUGCAUCUGCUUCAUUUGAUAAGUCUAUAAAAUUAUGGGAAUCAAAUACAGGGAAAUAUAUAACUUCAUUAAGAGGUCAUGUGCAAGCUGUAUACUCAAUCUCAUGGAGUGCAGAUUCCCGUUUACUUGUCAGCAGUAGCGCAGAUUCUACCUUAAAACUAUGGAGUUUAAAAACAAAAAAACUUUGCCAAGAUUUACCUGGUCACGCAGAUGAAAUUUAUGCAGUGGAUUGGUCUCCAGACGGGUUGCGUGUUGCAUCUGGUGGAAAAGAUAAAGUUUUGCGACUUUGGCAGAAUUGAAUAAUGUAUAUGAUAAUAAAUUUUUUAAUAUACAGUUUCGAAA